AUGCCAGCCCUAUAUGCAACGCUAGCCCGAAGCGUGGUGGAAACGGCCCCGCACCAACUAGCCCGGCGUGGCUUGACAGUCAACCAUACCCAAGCUGUGACCUUGGGGGUGAUGGCCGCCUAUGUGGUCGUCAUCGCCCUACUAUGGAAUAUACCCUAUGUCCGCUGGGUACUAUGGCCCUUCAAAAUGCUGGUCAUUGCCUUCCAUGAGUUCGGCCAUGCGAUUACUGCCUGCUGUACCGGCGGCAAAGUCAAGUCUAUCUCGCUGGAUCCGCACGAAGGUGGUGUAACCCAUAUGCAAGGCGGUAUCAGUGCCGUCACUCUACCUGCUGGCUACCUUGGGUCAUCGAUUAUCGGUGCUUUGUUGAUCUUUGCCGGGUUCAAUAUUGUUGCCAGCAAGGUUGCCAGUAUCGUCCUCGGUAUCUGCUUCCUACUCACGCUAUGGUGGGCGCGGAGAGACUGGUUGACUAUCAUGACUAUUCUUCUCUCGGUCGGCUUGUUGGUGGCAUGCUGGUUCAUUGCCCAUGGCGAAGCCUUGCGCUGGGUCGUGCUCUUCAUCGGUGUCAUGUCCGCUUUGUACAGCGUCUGGGAUAUUUGUGAUGACCUUAUCCUCCGCAAAGUAAAUAGCUCCGAUGCUAGCGUUUUUGCGAAAAGGUAUGGCGGAUCAUCCCAAUGCUGGGGUGUCAUUUGGUCUCUCAUUUCUCUCGCUUUCAUGGCUGUUGGCAUUAUUGCUGGGAUCGCAGCAUUCCAUCAAUCGUUCGACGAACAACAGUCUGAUUCCAAGCACUUCAUCCCGACUCGCUAG